CCUUUCCGAGCCGCCAUUUUGUGAGUCUAUAUAACACGUAGCCGUUGGAUCCGCUCCUGCUACUCCAGCGCCUGCAGUCGCUUCCCUUCGGGUUGCCUUCGUGUGCCAUGGACGGCAUUGUCCAAGAUAUAACAGUUGGAACAAAGCGGGGAUCUGACGAACUUUUUUCUACUUGUGUCACUAACGGACCCUUUAUCAUGAGCAGCAACUCUGCUUCUGCAGCCAAUGGAAAUGAUAGCAAAAAAUUCAAAGGUGACAGCAGAAGUGCAGGAGUUCCAUCAAGAGUAAUCCAUAUCCGUAAAUUACCUAGUGACGUAACAGAAGCUGAGGUUAUUUCCUUGGGAUUGCCUUUUGGGAAGGUCACAAACCUAUUAAUGUUAAAAGGAAAAAAUCAGGCUUUUAUAGAAAUGAACACAGAAGAAGCAGCUAAUACUAUGGUUAGCUACUACACCACAAUUGCUCCUGUCCUCCGGAGUCAGCAGAUCUACAUCCAAUUUUCUAAUCACAAAGAAUUGAAGACAGAUAACUCUCCAAACCAGGCACGUGCUCAAGCAGCCUUGCAAGCAGUAAAUUCUGUCCAGUCAGGGAAUCUGGCACUGUCUGCUUCUGCUGCAGCUGUGGAUGCUGGUAUGGCCAUGGCUGGUCAGAGCCCAGUCCUGAGGAUCAUUGUGGAAAACCUCUUCUAUCCUGUUACUCUAGAUGUCCUCCAUCAGAUUUUCUCCAAAUUUGGGACAGUGCUGAAAAUAAUCACAUUUACCAAGAAUAACCAGUUUCAAGCACUCUUGCAAUAUGCAGACCCUGUCAGUGCCCAGCAUGCCAAAUUGUCUCUUGAUGGGCAGAACAUCUACAAUGCUUGCUGCACCCUCCGCAUUGACUUUUCCAAACUCACAAGCCUCAAUGUAAAAUACAACAAUGAUAAGAGCAGAGAUUACACCAGGCCAGACUUGCCUUCUGGAGACAACCAACCUUCCCUUGAUCAGACCAUGGCAGCCGCUUUUGGUGCUCCAGGGAUCAUUUCAGCCUCUCCUUACUCAGGAGCUGGCUUCCCUCCUGCUUUUGCAAUUCCUCAAGCAGGCCUCUCAGUUCCAAAUGUACAUGGAGCACUUGCUCCUUUGGCUAUCCCAUCAGCCGCAGCAGCCGCAGCUGCCGCAGGACGGCUUGCUAUUCCCGGCUUUGCCGGGGCAGGGAACUCCGUUCUGCUGGUUAGCAAUUUGAACCCAGAGAGAGUUACACCCCAAUGCCUCUUUAUUCUUUUCGGGGUAUAUGGUGAUGUACAAAGAGUGAAGAUUUUGUUCAAUAAAAAGGAGAAUGCCUUGGUUCAAAUGGCAGAUGGCAAUCAAUCUCAACUGGCCAUGAGCCACCUCAAUGGUCAAAAGCUUCACGGGAAGCCCAUCCGCAUCGCUCUGUCAAAACAUCAAACAGUGCAGUUGCCCCGUGAAGGACAAGAAGACCAAGGGCUGACCAAGGAUUAUGGAAACUCCCCUCUUCAUCGUUUUAAGAAGCCGGGUUCCAAGAACUUUCAAAACAUCUUUCCCCCUUCUGCCACUCUUCACCUCUCCAAUAUUCCGCCUUCAAUAAUAGAAGAUGAUCUCAAGCUGCUCUUCUCAAGCAACGGUGGGAUGGUGAAAGGCUUCAAAUUCUUCCAGAGAGACCGCAAGAUGGCUCUCAUUCAGAUGGGAUCCGUGGAAGAAGCCAUUCAGUCACUCAUCGACCUCCAUAACCACGACCUUGGUGAGAACCACCACUUGCGUGUGUCCUUUUCAAAAUCCACAAUUUAAGUGCUUUGGAAAAGCAUGCAGCAAGAUGGACCUAACUGAAAAACAAAACACCACUCUUCUUAAUAGGCUCAGCCUUGCUUUUUUUUUUCCAAUGGCUGGACCACCAGCAAGGGGUGGGACAACUUCCAUCAUUCCAGAAACAAAAAGAAGCCACUUUAUAAGAGAGAGAGAGAAUGCAACUGAAGUGACCUUAAACAGAUUUUAUUUUUUUAAGGAAGAAAACAGUUUACUGUUUUUUAAAAAAAAACAAUGAGUAAAUCUUAAUUCACAUUGCUAUAAUCUUUCUUGCAGAGAAUGAGAUAACAAUCUUUGACCAGGAAAAAAAAAUCACAAGCUUAAACGUUUACAUUCUUUGGAAGCUUCUCUGGGAGUCUUUUACCUUUUCUCCCAUACUUCAACAAAAGAGUCCCUCCCCUUCCCCAAACAGCUUAUCAACUUCACAGUGAUGCCUUUAUCCAUGAGCUCUGGAAGAGACCCCCAAACUGUGCAGUUAGCUUUAGCAUCUUUUUUUUUAUUAUUCCCCAAACACAGUUGCCUUGGGAAGGGGAGAGGGAGCAGAAAUUUUGCCUUUUCCCUCAGCCUUUCAUUGAUUAUCCUCUGGUGCCUUAGACAUUUUCUUUACCUGAGGUAGAAGAAACAGUAGAUACUGGGGAAAGUUGAAGGUUGCUGCCUUCCACAGAGGAGGGGACAAGACAGAUACCUUUCUCAGUUAAGCAGUCUAGACAUUCUGCCUAAAAUGUCUUAACUUGCAGAUGGUGUUAAUUUCUAUGCCCCCCCCCAUGUUUCUCACCAUGAAGGCUGAUUAAAAAUAAAUCCUUCAUUAAUAGUCUAUGGAAGCUCAGAUUAAUGAGGGGAUGGAGGAAAAGGGAAGUUUCCUUAUCCUGCUCGUCAACAUUUCAUUGUCUGCAAUAAGUUUCAUCAGGGUCUGUUCAAGGAAUCCCAGUUCAGUUCAUAAAUUGAAAUCCAAGAACAGAUCUGUUUGGAGUAUCAAACUCCAUGAACUUGAGUUUGAGAUUAAUAUAUUUUGGGCUCUUACUUAAAAGGGUUAAGAUGCAGUUUAAACUCCAUUCCUAGAUUCACCCCUUACAGCAAGACCUCUUAUAGUAGUAGCUUCAACUUUUUAUUUUAAUUUCUUUUAUUAUAUUUUUUUUUUACAUACAAUCCUGUUUUUGCCUAGCAAUACUUUCCAGUUGACCAAAUAUUCUAAUUCAUAUAUAAAAAGGCAAUAGUAUAUUUUCUUUUAUAGAUAAGAUGGUAUGAAUAUAUCUGACUUGCUUUUCUAUUACCUUUGUAUCCUGUACUCUUGUAUUUUUGUUUGUAAGCUGGAAAACUAGUGCAGGAAUUUAGUUUAUCAAGGUGAUUUCAUGGCUGAAAAUUAAUGUUAUACUUUGAACAAUAUUUAAAGUAGCGACCGUCACUCGUUUUUAAAAAGGAGAUCCAUGUUUAAAGGGUCAUCUUAGUUUAAUAACCAUGCUUUCAUUUAAAGAAUAUAAACUUAACAACUUUUUCAGAGUAGCACCUAAAAUGCCAUCCUUAGUGGCCUCCAACUUUUCCAUGCUGAUCUACCUUCUUUGUAUUCCAGUGUUGCCUUACAUUGCGUUCCAACUCAUGUAAGAUUUUUAAAGACAAACCAGAAUCUUAUACUUAAUAUCAGGGUUACUUACUCAAAUUGUGGACCAAAGUUAUUUUUUUCAAUGUAUGUGAUGUUGUCUCUCAAGUCACUGUGUUCCCUGCUGUUUCACAUGAGCUGUUGAUGUGCUUUUGUCAUUGCUUUUGGGAAAGUCUUAACUUUUUUUAAAAAUAAUCCUCCCCAAUAUUAUGGGGAACCAAACUAUGCUGGAGGAAUGUGUGAUAUUUUGAGUGAGGUUCUGCUUGGAUUGCCAGCAUAUAAUACCGAUUUGAGCUAUUAAACAACUGUUCUCUUGGCCAAAUAGUACCACCUCAGAAAGCUUCUGUUAAACAAUUCCCCUAUUAAGAGUUUUUCAUCACAAAUAUUGAUUCACAUAAUAAGAGGGUGCUAACUUUGGGGUAAAGGGCAGCAUGGCAGAACUUGGAGGAGUGUCUGACCACAUGCACAGGGCAGCUCCAUUCCAAACCUCUGCAGUCACAGAUAGAGAUAGCCAGAGGCUGGUCCAGAGCAAGAAGUUUGCCACUAAGAUGUCUUUAUGCAGUGCUGUUGGAGAAUAUUACGUCUGUGUAAAAAGUUGAAUGUGUUCUUGGCCAACUUGCCCCAAUUAAGCCAUAGUUUCAAAUGGGUUGUUGGGAAUGGAGCGUAAAAGCCUCUGUUUCCCUUACUCUGCAGUACUGGGCUGGCAGGCAAGAUUGGCAGUAGCCAUUCUUAGAGGAUUUAGAGCCCCGUGCAGGCAGUAGAGGAAUAGAGUCCUCCCUACAUACCUAGCUCUGUUCUAAAUGCCCAGAACAAGGACGAGGGGCAUUAGAAGGAGGUGGAGGGAGGACAGAAAAUAAUUUCCCAAUGGCUGCAAGCUCACAGCCAAUACUUUUUGACAUUCACAAUAUUAAAUUUUAAUAUUAAAAGUUAAAGGGACAAGUGCUAAAGAAGAUCCUUUUGGACUUAGGCCUUCACAAUGAUUCAGCCACCAGUGGCACUCAGAAAUAACACUAGAUCCUAGCAGAACCUUGGUUAGAAUUGUCUGAAGUUUAACUUUCUAAGUGUUCCAUAAGCCUCUCUUGUCCUCGGAACGCAACCUACUUGCUGACCUCUUCGAUAACUUGAAUCAGUCAGCAAAACAUUAAGAUUUUUCUUUGUGUGUUUUUUCAAGAAGCACACAAAUCUUAUUGCAGUUAAUUGGGAAGAGGGGCUUCAUCUUUUUUUUCUGAUCCUGUGUUUUGUUCUGUUUUCUUUUUUUUUUUGCAUGUAAAUGUGAGUAAUGAGAAAAAAGGUGUAAAUAUUUAUAAUUUUUUAUACCUGUUGUAAGACAUGAGGGGAUGGCAGAACUCGAGUUUUUACAGCAAAACAAAUGUAUUGUAUAUUUUGAUAACCAACUAUUAAAGGUUCAGUAUUGGGGUUGGGAUGGGAGGGCUACCAAACACACCACAAAUUUGAUUGCCUGGCUUAAAAAAUGUAAUGCAAAAAAAUUGAAAUUAAAAGUAUUUUAUAACAAAACGUAGUACCCUUUUCUGUAGUGUUUAGCUAUUUGCUUGUUUGGAUUGUAGAAAGCAGUCAAUGGCCUAUCUGUACUACUUUUUAUUUUGGCUUUCAAUAAAUGUCUUCUGUAUUC